AAAAGAGGAAGAAAGGUUUGGUAAAGAAAGUGAGUGAGUUGAGCAAGCCUUGUGUGUUCCUUUUGGGGUGAAUCUUCUAAUGAGGUUCGGUAAAAUUUUAAAGAUGGAGCGAAGCAAUAAGAUGGUGAACCAAGAAGCUUUCCUUAGGAAAAAAAUCAAGGAAAUGAACGAGCAAUUGAUAAAGCUGAGGAAAGAGAAUCGCGAGGAGUUAACCCAACUCCUGUACUCUAAUCUAUCAGGUAAGGCUAAUCUUCAUAACUUAUCUGCUAAAGAUUUGAAUGAUCUCAUUGAUAUCAUUGACAAGAGUUUGGAAGGUGUAAAGAAAAGGAUAAAGACUAUUGCUGCUAAGAAUGAUGACACCAGCUUGGCGACUCAAAUGGCGAUUGCAACUAAGGCUGAGGGUUCUACAAUGAACGAGAAUUUCAAUAAUGAAGAUGGGAAAGCUAAUGCCGUUAUUAUUACUGACAAUAGCACUACAAAUUAAGUAUUAAUUGCAUAAUUUUGUCAAUUGGGAACAAGAAUAAACUAUGUUAUUGUUUAAAUUAAUGUCAUAUGGUAAUGGGAGUGGUAAUAAUAUGUUUCAUGUUUUAAUUAAAUAAUGUCAAUAUUUUACUUUAUCUUUGUCAUAGGUGCUCUAUGUGAAAAAUAUCGAUAAUAUCAAUAAAAAUAUUAGAAAUUUGAGAGGUUCUAAUUAAUAAUUUUUUUUGAUUUUUUUUAAUCUUUUACGGUGUAAUAUUGCUAAUUUUUCCAGAGAAUAUCGAUAUAUAAUUGGAUAUUUGGUGGAAAAGUGACCUAAAAGCUACAAUAAGGUUGAGUUAUGGACAUUACACAUUUGAAAAAAAAGUUUGCAUUACUCAUGUAAACUCUACAAGGGACGUUAAUAUUUGUAAGUUUUUCUUAUAUUUUGAACUUCUUAAAAAUUUAUUUUAGUAUUAGUAUUUUUUUUAUUUAUUAUUGUAUAUAAUUCUUCAAAAUAUUUGUAUUUUCUAUAAAUUUUAUCAUUAUUUUCUUAUAUAUGU